AUGUCGCCCACGCCAGGACGAGGGGCCCGUCAGGCGAGAUCCAGUGAUUCAGGCCCAUCCCAAGCCGCAGCACCAUCCCAAGCCGCAGCACCCUCCCCCGCAAGGUCGGCCAACGAGGAUGAGCCCAGCAACUCGAUGGCGCCACAAGCUUCUGUUAGGGACCUUGGCUUAACUGUGCUCGUGGCUCCUAAAAAACCUGCCGCCGAUGUUGUCUUUAUCCAUGGGUUACAAGGCCAUCCGAAGAAGACGUGGACGUACGAAGGAGACGAACCUAGGAGGCCUGCUGGUGAUCGAAGCCAGGACAAGGAAACACAAGGGUGUUGGCCCUUCAACAAGGAGGCGCAAAUCUCUCUCUUUUGGCCCCAAGUUCUGUUGCCAGCCGAUCGAAAGGAUGUCCGAGUCAUGACUUAUGGAUAUAAUUCCUAUAUCACAAGGCGCGGAGGGCAAAAUGUUAAUAAGAUGACUCUUCACGAUCAUGGUCGGGGAUUUCUGAAUACGCUGACCAGUGAACGAAUCCGGUCCCGUUGCCAGGACCGGCCACUCAUUUUUGUAGCUCACAGUCUUGGUGGUCUUAUCGUCAAGGAAGCCCUUCGGUUAUCAUGGCUUGCAGCACGUCAUGACAACCAUAGAUCCGUAUACACCUCAACCUAUGCGACGAUUUUCUUUGGCACCCCGCAUCGUGGGUCACAGGACGCCGCAUGGGGUGACGCAAUCAGGGCAUUGCUUUCAUGGACCAUGAUCGACACCUCAUCUAGUCUAUUACGAGAACUAAACCCUCAGGGUGGGGGUUCAAAGCUGGAUGAGCUCUGUGAUGCAUUUACUGAAAUGCUGCAAGACAAAGAUUUCAACGUUGUUCUCAAAGAGUCUGCUGUGCUCCAUCUCCCUCCGUGGGAACAGGUAGACUACAUCAGCGCAAAUCAUCUGGACAUGUGCAGGUUCAAAGGACGCCACGAUGAUGGUUAUCAGAAGUUCCUGGCUGCUCUAAAUGAAACGAUGAAGAAGGUCCGAGCUAGGCAACGGCGAGGCCAAGGGGGUAUGGUCGCCUUCGCAAUCCUCCCGGCUUUGCUAAGCCUUAUCUUACGCAGGUGA